UAGAGUUAGAGUUUGCACUGUUAGAGAACGGACUCCAGAACCGGAAAGACCUACUUAGUUGCUUGGUAGUUCGUGCUUUCACUCCCGUUUGUGACUAACCAAUCAGACUGUAACGUCAGGCACGUAAUAAACGCAUAAGAUAGCUGGACUGUAAACUUUACACAGUAAAAUAUCGUAUCUGAUACUGUUUAUGCUUUGCUCGAAUCAUGUUAUUCAAGGAAAAUAGAAUUUCACUCACGACCAGUGCAAGAAGAAAACCCUGGUUCUACAGUGCCCAGAGUAUCCGAACCAUCGCUGGCAUUUUUCUCUGUUUAGUUGUCCUGAACGGAUUCGUGGAAGGAGAUUUAUCCAAGGACGAGCUAAUCCAGACAGAAAGAAAACGGUUGAUGUCACUGUCUAAGAAUGGUGAUUAUUGGUUGUUUGUGCAGUCCACAUCUCCAUCUUUUGGCCAAAGUAGAGAAAAAAACAUCACUACCCAACUGGGCCAGACCGUCUAUUUACACUGUAUUGUCAAUAACAUCGGAGACAAAGCGGUUGCUUGGAUUCGUCGACAUGACCUCCAUCUUUUAACUGUGGGAACAGUGACCUACAUUAGUGAUAACAGAUUUAGUCCCGUCCACGUAGAAAGCACCGGUGACUGGUCACUCCAGAUCAAGUAUCCACAACUGACAGACGCUGGGUUGUAUGAAUGCCAAGUGAGCUCUGACCCUAAAAUAAGUUUCUUUGUCCGUUUACACGUUUUAGAACCAAUAGCUGAGAUACUUGGUGCUCACCCUCUAUACGUGAAAACAGGAACUUCCAUCAACUUGACAUGCGUGAUCAGUGACAGCCCUGAGCUACCUGUCUUCGUCUUCUGGUACCACAACGAUCGAAUGAUCAAUUACGACACAGAAAGGGGGAUGAUUUCCCUCCAUAAAUGGGGUGAUGACGCUGCAAUCAGUACACUUUACAUAAGAGAUGCUCAGCCGACUGACUCAGGAAAUUACACUUGUAGCCCUUCGAAUGCCGAGGCCACCGGAAUUUCAGUGUUCUUUUUAAACGGGGAAAAACAGGCUGCCAUUCAACGAGAUGCCAAUACUUCACAAGCGUCCUCUAGAAGUCAAUGGGAGGUUUGGAAAUUUAUUCUUCUUUCUGUUUCUUGGAAGCUUCUCAGAUGACAGCCUUGUCGUUAUCUUUCCUUCUGAACUAUUCAUGAUGGUGAAGAAAAAGAAACUAAAGCCGACAUAAAUAUCAGCAGCAGUUUGAACUUCUGGGUGUACAGUAAUAUCUGACGGUAUUUCUUUGCUAUGUCUUUUAAAAGAAUCACCACAAAAAACGGAUACUUACUUACGUGAUACUAGUUUCUUUAUUUGUCCAGAAAAAACAUUCAGUGUAAAAAGCUUAGAAACCACAAUGACAAAUAAUUAGGGAUAUUUUUUAAGUUAUUACCUUCGAUACUGGUUCGUGAAUGGAUACAACGGAAGAGGAAGGACCACUCUAGCUUGUACGGUGGUUAGUUGGGAAGGAUGCGUUUUGUCAGGCACCAACACACCUUCCAAACGUUUGAAAUAAAUAUAACUUCCACUUUGCGUUCCUUAAUAAUUUAUUCUGUGAAUGGUUGUCUUUAUUAACGCACAGCCAUAUUCUAUUGAGAUAUAGCUCAAAUUUUGUCGUUGUUCUCAAAUUUAAACUCAUUAGUGUUGGAAGUGUCACUGUUUUAUGUUCCUUUUGAAGGAUUUACCUUUUAUUUCUUUUAGGCGCAAAAUGUGAAUGAUUCAGUUUUAAAAAAAAAGAACGAGAAAAAAAUUCGUUUUAAUUUUUAGGGAAAUUAAUGAACGUGAAGAGUAUCUGUGGCAUAUUACUAUAAAUUCGAUCAAAAAAUUGUUGUCCUAAUGGUUGAGAUAUUCUCUAA